GAGAGGGGUGAAGGAAAAAAAAAAACAGUGGUCCAAAUUCAGUCGCUGCCAUUGUGUCUCAUAACAGAAAAUGACGUCACCCCCCGAGUCUCUCGCGUGCGGUUGCCAGGGGUUACGGGAUGACUUUUCAGACGUUAAAACAAACCCCUCAAAGCCAAACUGAGGAUACUGACCGAGUUACGCACUUUUUCUUACGAGUUUUUGCGUUUAAUUCAGACUUAAACUCAGAACAGUCCUCUAAAAGCAUGGAGGACUCAGACACAACAGAAACAGUGCGAACGGCCCGACCCACCCAGGCCCAUGUGGACCCUUAUCAGAGCUCUGUAAGAUAUUUGGAAAGCCAUAACAUCCUUCAGAUAUUCCAGGUUUAUCUGUUUAUCAGGACAUCACAGAACGGCUGGUGUACGAUCGUCCGGACGACCCCCUGCAGUUCCUACUACAGCAGGUUCAGAAGAUGAUCAGCGAUCGAGACGAGUCAAACCAUAAAGAUAAAAACUCUAAAUAAUGAACUAAAACUCUACAGCCCUCAGUGAAGACCACGGCAACCCCAGAUCUCCAGACCUUAUACUCUUUCUACAUGUACUUGGACUUUUAUUUUGCUGUACAUGUAUCAGAAUCUAGGUUUGUACAUUUUAAAAAAUGAAAAAAAAAAAUGAUAAUGUUAAGUAAACUUACCAGUAAAAUCAAUAAAACAAGUUUAAAGAGCUUACAGCUAAAAUAAAAGUAAAAAUGUUUUUUUAGCCAACAAAAUAAAAAGAUUGUUGCCAACUU